AUGGCUCUGACCCAGGAGUCCGUCCUGUCCUUUCUGCUGGAGCACGGAGGGAAGGUGCAGAACUCGGAGCUGGUGAACAAUUUCAGGAGCCAGAUCAACUGCAGCGAUCCCGCGGAAAAGCUGCACAAUAGAGACCUGUUCAAGAGGCUGGUGAACAGCGUCGCUGUGGUCCGACAGAUCGACGAGGUGAAGUUUGUGGUCGUGAAGAAAAGGUACCAGGACUUUGUCAGAGAGCACGAUGCAUCGCCCGAAGCGCCUCUGGACCUCAGUUUCUCCGGCUGCACAUCUCCUCAUCGAGCCGAAGCAGCCAGGAUGAUUUGUACCGACAUUGAAAACAACAAUAUAGACAGCCCACUAAACACGUAUUGCAAUUAUCAUUAUGGUGACGACGGAAAGCAUGUGCCUGCAGGGAGUGUGCGGCAGAGAAUUCCGUUAUCCAGGAGUCUAAGCAGCCUGGACGCAACCACUGUCAAAGUUUUAAAUAUCUCCGGAGAUCAUGAGAUUAAAGCAAGAAAAUCUGGAGCUGUCUUCGCUGUGAUAGCAGUGAAAUCCCCUCAGAGAGACCCGGCACCAGCAGUACAUGGAUCACAUUACAAAGUGCAUGGACAUGAAUCUUCAGGCAAAAAAAUCACUUCGGUAACAGAGGCUUCUCCACCAUCAGUAACUCUACAUUCUAACUUUCCAGCAUGCAAGAAGGAUGCAGUGAGGGGACAUCAAGUCCAGAAAACCAGGCAAACAGAGGACAUGCAGCCUCCAGGGAUUCCCCAGGCAAGGCCCCAAAACAAGACCACAAGACCACCAGAAGAUGCUAAGGACACAGAGUCUGUGCCUCUGGAGCCAUUAGCUCAUGAGUGGUUGGUGAAGUGUGCCGCUGGACUGUGGGGGCAGAUCCAUGCUCUGCUGCUGAAGGACACACGGUUAGCACAGAAAAAAGACUUCAUGUCAGGUUUCACAGCGCUACACUGGGCCGCCAAGGAUGGCAACAGCGAGAUGAUACACAAGCUCAUGAAGAUCUCCAGAAAGAGAGGCACUUACAUCAACGUCAACAGCAAAUCACACGGAGGAUACACUCCUCUACACAUCGCAGCCAUGCACGGCCACACUCAGGUGAUGGUUGUGCUUGUGCAGAGGUAUGGAGCCAGUGUUAGUGAGAGAGAUAAUGCCGGUAAGAAGGCCUUUACCUACCUGGGUGAAGAUGUGUCAGCUGAGGUCAGAGCACUUCUGGGAGGACUGCAGCCGGCUAAGUACAGGGAGAGGACAGAGGAAGACGACUACAGAGAGCACCCCAAAGGCCUCAACACUAUAAGUAAACUGUUCCAGCCUCACAUAGGGAGGAAACACAAGACUACAGCAAAGUUUGCCCACGAUUGGUGA